AUGAAUGUAUGGGGUGGAAUGUUAUUAUUCAUAUCAAUAGGUGCAGCAAAUAAAACAAUGCCUGACGAACAAACACGAAAGAUGUGGAUGGAAAUUGAUUUUCAAAUUAUUAAUGGAUUGAUUUCUGCAAUUAUUAUCGGUCUUACUCCUUGGAGAAUUCGUGAUCUUUAUCAACUUUAUCAAACAAAAUAUCGAGAUGAACUUCUUAGACGUCAUAAAUAUACAAAGAAUUUUAUAUGGAUUCAAGUUAUUAUUUGGAGUUCAAUCGUUAAUUCUGUAUUUCAAGUGGGUGUUGCUAUUUGUACGUGGUCAACCAAUAUGGAUAAUAGACCUACACGGUUAGUUGGCAUCUUGGGUGGUAUUAGCCUUAUUGCAGGUGUAUUUGCUGCUUUGGCACAAUUUAUAUUAGGAAGAAGAACAAAAAAGAAAGCAAAAAUGGAGGAACAAUCCACUAGCAUUGUUUAA